CAAACAGACAGACAGACAGACAGACAGAGGGAAGAUGGCGGAGCUGGAGGGCGGGUGUUCUCGGCGCGGCUCCCCUCGGCGCCUUGCCCUGCUGGCCGCAUUUAUCGUGUACUCCUUCAUCGCGGCGUCGUUGGCUUCCGAUGCCUUCGAGGCGGUUUUGGGAGACACGGCAUCGUGUCAGAAAUCCUGCGAAAUGACUUACACGCUGCACACUUAUCCAAAGGAGGAAGAACUCUAUGCUUGUCAAAGAGGGUGCAGGCUCUUCUCCAUCUGCCAAUUUGUGGAUGAUGGUGCUGAAUUGAACAAAACCAAGAAUGAAUGUGAAUCUGCAUGCGUUGAAGCAUAUAAACAACAAGAUGAGCAAUAUGCUUGCAACUUGGGAUGUGAAAACCAGCUGCCAUUUGCUGAACAGAGACAGAAACGGCUCAUGUCUAUGGUGCCCAAAAUCCACUUUGUAUACCCCAUCAGCAUAAUGUCGGCUUUCUGCAGUGAUUUAAUGAACUCUGCUCAGAGCUUUUUCACUUCAUGGACCUUCUAUCUGCAAACUGAUGAUGGCAAAGUAGUUGUAUUUCAGUCCGAACCAGAUAUACGAUUCAUGGUUCCACAACUGGAGCCGCAGACAGACAAUGCAAAAGAAACGUCUCAAGCACUCUCAGACCACAUAGCUAAGGCUCUUUAUGAUGAUACUCGCAAAGCCGUCAGAAGGGAACAUGGAACUGGUUUGUAUUUGAAAGAGGGUCGUGAACAGGAAAAUCAGAGUGUCUUGGAAUGUUUGUCAAGGAAUGCAGGAAUACCUCGCUGGAUCUUAACCACCACUCUGGUGCUCUCUGUGUUGGUGCUACUGUGGAUCUGCUGUGCUACUGCUGCCACAGCUGUGGAACAGCACAUUCCUUCAGAGAAAUUAAGCAUAUUUGGAGACAUGGAGUUUAUGAAUGAAUUGAAGCUAACUUCGUAUCCAGCUUCGUCUCUGAUUGUCAUCAAAUCCAAGGAUGAAAAAGAAAUGGCUGGACCUUUGCCUACUAAAGUGAACCUGGACCAGUCAACAAUUUAAGUAAUCAGGAUUAAAUUUGGACUCCCCUUUUCUUCUGGAAUUUGAAAUGGUAGUUUUUGCCAAAUGUCUGGUUGAGGUGAAUUUUCAAAAUUAAGAUGUUAUUGUCACAUUCCUAGAUAUAAACGAUAAGUCAACUUGGUCUUGGGUAUGGACUAUUUAUGGAAGUUAUGAGCUAUAGAACAGUUGUUUGUUGCACAACAAUCUUAUGAGAAUGUCUGAAAACUUGUUAGCAGCUGAACUUCUCAAUCACACUGGUGUACAGAUUACAUAUUGCUUGUAACGUUUAAUAUGAUGCAUUUUCUAUUUCAACUAUUGAAAUGGACAUUGAUUAAAACUUCAAUUAAAUUUAUGACCUAAUGUAUUGACAUUUUUUCCCUCUGCAUCAUGACAUUUCAUACUCAUGGAAACAUGAAAAGAGAUGCGCAUUUGCAUUAUGUAUAUAAUGAGGCACAAUAAUCUUGGAGAACGGUUUGACUUAAUGGUAACUCAUUGAUAAACUUGUAACUUCUAUUUUCCAUCUUGGCAGAGUUUUAGAGCACUUUUCCUCAAGCUACUUUUUGUUGAGUUACUGUGAUUUUUUUUUUUAUUUACUUUAUUGUAAUCAAACUUCAGCUUUUGUAGUCUUUGAUCCAAAAGUAAUAUUUCUUCAAAUGGGUUUUGUGGACACGGUUUUCUUUUGCUCAAACAAUAAAUAUUGGUUUAUAUACCC